GAGGCGGGAUGUCAAUGAGAGAAGUGAACAAUUAUUAUUUAGUUUUAAAUGUUCUCUAAAUCUAAAGGCACAACUUCGAUUCGAGCCAAUGUUUUAAGUAAUCGAACAUGGUAUUACCACAACCUUGUGAAAGUAACAAACUGACACGUUUUCAUUUUCGUCAAAAACGACUUGAUAUCGAAAGAUUUCCGUUGAAUUGACGGCCUGCACAUGCAGAGUUUGGCGCUAGACGACCGUUAGUCCCGAUUUCAUGUUAAUACGCAUGAGCCUUGCUAUACAACGUCGCCAUGACAUCGCCUACAAGUGUGAUCGGGGAAUUCUAUUGGAUAAGCAGUUUUAGCCUAUCUUCAUACUGUACCGUCUUCGAUCAAAUAAAUUGUCCGGCAAAAGCUUAACGGAGCUAGCUGCCUAGUUAAAUUCUAUAUCUCUAAAUUAUUACGUUAAGUAUGUGAGUAAUCAAAUGUUUGCAAUUGACUAUUCUUUGCGAUAAAAUAACCAAUAGCUGAAUGACGUGGAUAACUGAUCUAUUUAGCUAGCUAGGCUAGCUUGGUAUUGGUAACAUUUGUCAUGUACAGCUAAUCAGGUUGUUGGAGAAAGAAAAUGAUAUCUAUCCAAUAGUAUAAUCUACGAUGACGAUAAGAUUGUAGUGUGGAAACCAUGAAAAGAUCUAGAAGUGUUGGUGCGUCUUCACCUUUGAAUGGGAUUGGAAAACAAGAUGGGGACCCCCGGAGGAAGAGGAAGUUGGCAGAGAUCUCUCAGGCCCUGAACGUGACGCCAGUUGAUGUGGCAGUGCUGAGGAGGAUGGCCAUCAGCGAGGGGGGCCUGCUCACUGAUGAGAUCCGCUGUAAAGUGUGGCCACGGCUGCUCAACGUGCCCACCGACAUCCUGCCUGAGAAAUCAGAGGAAGUAGAGCGGGAGAAUAAUAAGGACUAUAACCAGGUGCUGUUGGAUGUCCAGCGUUCCCUGCGAAGAUUCCCUCCUGGCAUGCCAGACGAGCAGCGUGAGGGCCUCCAGGAGGAGCUGAUUGACAUCAUCCUGCGGGUGCUGGGAAGGAAUACUCAGCUGCACUACUACCAGGGCUACCAUGACAUCGUGGUCACCUUCCUGCUGGUGCUGGGCGAGCGGCUUGCUACCGCUCUGGUGGAGAAACUCUCCACGCACCACCUCAGGGACUUUAUGGACCCCACCAUGGACAACACUAAACACAUCCUUAACUAUCUGAUGCCAAUCAUUGAGAGGGUCAAUCCAGAGGUGCAUGACUUCAUGCAGCAGGCGGAGGUGGGCACCAUCUUUGCCCUUAGCUGGCUCAUCACCUGGUUUGGCCAUGUCCUGUCAGAUUUCCGACACGUUGUGCGGUUGUAUGACUUCUUCCUGGCCUGCCAUCCCCUGAUGCCAAUCUACUUUGCUGCUGUGAUUGUGCAGUACCGGGAGGACGAGGUGUUGGACUGUGAGUGUGACAUGGCGUCGGUGCACCAUCUCCUGUCCCAGAUCCCCCAGGACCUGCCCUACGAGACGCUCAUCAGCCGCGCAGGAGACCUUUUUGUCCAGUUCCCCCCCUCCGAGCUGGCCAGGGAGGCUGCCCAGCAGUACAGUCAACAGAUGGCAGCCUCCACCUUUAAAGACUUUGAUCUGACCCCGGAGCAGCAGCGGGCGGACACGGUGCUGCGGAGGCGGCGGAGAGAGAAGCAGGCACUGAAGGGAGCUGCUGCAGGUGCUAUGGUGGCGACCGCCCAACCCACCACGGCUCGGCGCUUCGUCCGACUGGCCGUCAUGGGGCUCACUGUGGCCCUGGGGGCAGCCGCCCUAACCCUGGUCAACACGGCCCUAGAGUGGGCGCCCAAACUGGACUUACACCUCUUCCCCUGAGAGAGAGUGAAGGGGACUUGUAGGCGAGUGAAGGGGACUUGUAGGCGAGUGAAGGGGACUUGUAGGCGAGUGAAGGGGACUUGUAGGCGAGUGAAGGGGACUUGUAGGCGAGUGAAGGGGACUUGUAGGCGAGUGAAGGGGACUUGUAGGCGAGUGAAGGGGGCUGACGGCCAUUACAGCAGAAGACAUCCACGGGAAGGAGAGAGAAUAGAGAUCUUUGUAAAGAGAAUAUGAAGUUAUUUUCCACAUUAAUAUGAAGGACGUGAAUGGAACAGAGACUUGACUGUCAACGUUGUAUUUAAUUUAUAUUUGUUAAUAAAACCGAAUGGUGAUAAAUGUUGUGCUGAGCGAGAUUAAACUAUUAGGAGUGAUGGCAAGUGACAACUUAUAGCAAAGACUUAGGUUUCCUAGGUUGAAGAGUUGUCACUGGGGUCGAAACUGUUGCCAAUGAAGAGCGUGUGUGUGUCGAAAUGGCUCCCUAUCUAGUGCACUGUAUAGGGAAUAGGGUUUCAUUUAGAUGGUCUGUGCUGUCAGGUUCAGGGGUGAGUUAAAUGUCCCUCUGAACCUCACAUGGGCCAAAUUGGCACAAGGACAGAGAUCCCGCCACUGGUAUGGUCCCCCCCCCCCCCCGCAGAUCAUCAAGUUGAAUCCUCUGCCUUCAACACAUCAUGUCCCUCUUCCUUUUCUUUCAUUCUGUACCGAGACCAAAUACACACGUCUUAGUCCCAUCUUUGUACGUUUAGCACUUCAUUUUCUAAUUUUCUAAAGCAUCAUUAUUAUUGUUAAGUAAGUUAUAGGAAAUAUAAUUUUUGUACAAGCACACCCAUAUUUAACAUAUCAAAUUAAAUUAACAGAAUCCACUUGGGUCUUCUGACCUUAUGGAUGACAAUUUGCAAUAGCUCUUUUCCACAGCAUGCCUAAGUUAGGUUUGGAAUAGGUUAGCUUUGUGAUCUGCGACAAAGCACCGAUAGCACUCCCAGACAAUCCCCUGAGCCUUGGCUUGAUCCCAUGCUUUUAUUGCACAAUAAUGAAGUCCUAUUACAUUGUUUGCACACCCUAUCCUCACAUUUCAACCAAACUCACCAAAUGGCCUGGUCGUAGAAAUUACAAGUUUUUUUUGCACAUUUAAUUUUAAGAAAUGUCACUUGAGCUUAAAGACUACAGUUGACACAAUUUGAAUGUGUCGCAUUGGACCUACUGAAAUUUGUUCAACAGAGAUACAUGAGUAGAAUCAUGUGUAGUCGACUCGAUUGUGACACGCAGAUACUCAGCGGUGCCUAUUGACUCCAUCAGUGUUAGCCAUGGAUGGUUUUCAUUGCACUGAAAUAGCCUCAUUCUGUAUCAUUGCAAUGGUUUUUAUCUGCCUUUUAUGUUGAAUUGUUAUAUUUGUCAUGAGAACAAUAAAAAAUAAAAAACAAGAUCAAUGCAAACUGCAUAGGUUGAGUGGA